AUGGAACCACCUGUUGAUAUAAAGGAUCGCCUUCGGGCAUCAUACAAUGUGAUUGCACCCGCAUACAACGCUUGGACAGCGCGCCACAACGAACUUCGUCUGACCUACCUCGAUAAACUUCUCAAUUCCUGUCCAGAAUUGGCAUCAGCUAGCGAUACGAUGAAGAAGCAAGUCCUUGAGCUGGGAUGCGGUUCUGGAAGCCCCUUUAUCUCAACUUUGCUCGCUCGUGCACCGUCUGUCCAUGUACACGCCAACGACCUCUCCGACGUUCAACUAGAUCUCGCUCGACAAAACCUGGCUGGGUACCAAGAUCGUGUUGAGUUUUACCCUGGAGACAUGAUGAAACUAGACUUUGCACCUGGUUCCCUCACGGCAAUCGUGGCGCUGUACAGCAUUAUACAUUUACCACAAGAAGAACAGAGAGAGAUGAUAAAGCGAAUUGGCAGAUGGCUAGCCCCGGGUGGUGUCUUUUUAUCAACAUUCGGUACUGAUGAGGCGUCAGUCAUUAUUGACGAGAAAUGGAUUCAAGAAAAAGGGUGGAUGUUUUGGAGCGGACUUGGGAAGGAGGCACUUUUAAAGGCGUUAACUCAGGAAGCUGGAUUGGAAGUUCAACAUGCGGUUUUAGAAGAAGAUGCAGAUGACAGAUUCAUGUGGACUAUCUCAAAGAAAGUUAACGCAUAG